GGGAAGCCGAGAGGGGCGGCGGUUGUGGUCGCGGCGCGCGAGGCUUGGCAGUGCGCUGAGAGGGCUGAAGAGGAAGUGCGACUGUUCUGUCUGCUGGCGCUAUGGCGAAACCAAAGCAUCGUCCCUUCUGCUUGAGCGUGAAAGGCCACGUGAAGAUGCUGCGGCUGGCACUAUCUGUGACAUCUAUGACCUUUUUUAUCCUCGCACAAGCCCCUGAACCAUACAUUGUUAUCACAGGAUUUGAAGUCACUAUUAUUUUAUUUUUCAUUAUUUUAUAUAUACUCAGACUUGAUCGAUUAAUGAAAUGUCUGUUUUGGCCUUUGCUUGAUAUUAUCAAUUCGAUCGUAACAACAUUAUUCUUGGUCAUUUUAUCUGUUUUGGCACUGAUACCAGAAACCACAACAUUUACGAUCCUUGGAGGGGUGUUUGCGCUCAUAACGGCAGUGUUCUGUAUUGCUGAUGGUGCCCUCAUUUACCGGAAGCUUCUGUUUAAUCCAAGUGGUCCUUAUCAGAAAAAGCCUGCUCACGACAAAGAAGAAGAAGAUUUGUAAUUUUUUACUUUUUUUUUAGUUAAUAACAAGAAUUAAACCUAUUUCCUUAUGUUUCCACAACAUUUUCCACAGUUGUUCUCAUUCUAAUCUCAGUAUGGAACCUGGAGAAAGAUUUCCAAAUUUUGCACCUGGCGUCUGUAACUUUCACGGGAGUACUGGCAGCAGUGGGCUGGGAUCGAGUUUUGUAGCUCCCGGGCCUCGAUGGCAGGGCAGAACGCCCCAGAUGGUCCGCAGAGACCCUUGCUUGCUGGCUAGUUUCAGCUCGGAGGCGGAGGCGUGGAUAAACCUGGGGUCGCCGGGCGGC